GACUGCAGCGCCGAUCCGUGCCUGGUCGCCUACGCGCAGUGGCUCGUGGACGCCCUCCAGGCCGGCGAGCAGCGCGACGAGAAGCUGGAUCGCCUGGGGGUGGGGUUGUUGCAGGGAGGGGACGGGGAGAAACGGGGUCAGUGGAACAAAGAAGAACCAUAA